AUGGAGUCGCAGCUUCGCUUUCUUCUCGCACACGUGCGCAUGGGCCACCAGCGGCGCUACCAGACGUGGUUUGCCACCCGGUUUCUCGCCGCCCCGGAGAGUGAAUCCCUCGUGGCCGAUUUGAUUCGUUUCGUCUGCUGCUCGGUGCAUCCGACCAAUCAGGUGCUGCAAUCCGACGUGGUGCCACGCUGGGCGAUUGUGGGUUGGCUCCUCAAAUGCUGCAGAAGCUGCCACAUGGAGUCAAAUGCCAAGCUGGCGCUCUUCUACGAUUGGCUCUUCUUCAUGCCCAAGACAGACAACAUCAUGAACAUCGAACCGGCGAUGCUGUGCAUGGUCCAUUCCCUUCCCAAAUACGCCAUUAUGACCAACUCCCUUCUGGAAUUCCUCUUCCUCCUCCUAGACCACUACGACGCGGCGCAUAGAGACGUAAUUCUCCGCGGAAUUUCCGCCUCGAUCGACAUUCUGGUCGGCAAGGGAGUCGUGCAUAGUCUCGAGCCGCUAGCCACAAGCGGCUUCAUUCCGACGAAACUUCGUGAGCGGCUCCAGGCGCUUUUUCCCGCGCAUUGUCGGCUCGACGCGUCUCCCCAUCGGUACUUACCCCCCUCGCCCCUGCAUGACCCGCACCACGCGGAAAGAGCUUCGGCGGCGGUAAUACCUGGGGGAGGAGGAGGGGCAGUGGGGAGAGGGGGCCAAGCGCGGGGGAGCGGGGCUUUGGUGAAGUCUCCAAGCCCUUCACCCCCGCAUUUGGCAGCGGAAAGGGACAGCAUGGGGAAUUUUGUUGGCAGUGGAGCGGGGAUAAGGGCGGCGGAGGAGCAUCGGGGGAAGGAAGGGCAGGUGGCGGAAACGGGGGAAAUAGGCGCAGGCGUUGGCGCAAGCCGUCCAGUGGAUGGUUCUUCUGCCGCCGCCGCCGCCGCCGCCGCCAGGAAGGAGCCGAUUGACGCAAGCGGGUCCAUCGCUGGCGCAGGGGCUGGGGAAGAUGCGGAAAUGGGGGAGGCUAGCGCUGCAGGGGAAGACCAGGCUGGCGGAAAAGGCCCUGGCGGAGCGGGGAAACGGAGGAAGUCUCCGGAGGGCGCUGAGAUGGAACUAGGGGAGCGCGUGGGAGGGGAGAGCGAGGUGGCGGAGGGAGGGAGUGGUAAAAGCGAGCGGAAGAGGAAGAGGGAGGAGAAGGAAGAGGGGGAGGAGGAGGCGGUGGAUGAAGGGGAUGUGGAGGCUGGGGAGUUGGAGGGAGGGGAGGUGGUUGAGGAGGAAGGGAAAGGAGAGCAGAGCGAGGAGAGAGAGGGCAUGGACGGGGAUAUGAAGGCCAUAGAGGGAAUGAUAAAGGGUAUGGAAGGAGCUGCGGCGGUAGGGGACAGGGCGAAGGUCAUUGGAGGGUUUGAGGCGUUCCUGGUGGCUUUAAGAGGAGAGUACCCGGGGAGAGAGGGUGGCGGGCGGAAGGCGCAGGGGGGAACCGACGGGAACGUGCACGGGGAAGCUGAGGGGAAUGCGUACGGGAAAGCGGAAGGCGGGCAGGAGAAGGAAAAAGAGGGCAAACGGGGAACGGUUGGGACGGCAGGGAGAGCGAGGGAUGGGCGGCAUGUGAUGAAAGAGGAGCAGCAGGAUGAGGAAGACGCGGGGUUGGACGAGGAACGAUCUGACAGGAGCGUCGACUCGGAUGUGACUACAGAGAGAGAGACUACAGAGGGGGAGACGAUGAGUGAUGCAUGCGAGGAUGGCAGGAAAGAGGAGGAAGCAACGGCGACAGCAGCAGAAGCAGCAGCCGACGGGGCAGGUGAAGCAGCCAGGAACGACAGCAGCAGCAGCAACCGACGGGGAGUCAAGGGAGUUAGUCGGUUGAACGAGCUGCUGCUGCCGCUACCCCGCCUUCCUGCCACCGUGGGAGCUUUGGAAGGUGCUUCUAGGGACGGUGUCACUGGGAACGAUGCUUUUGGGAAUGAGGCUGCUACUGGGAAGGAUGCUUCUGGCUGUGGUGUUUCUGAGGACGGUGCAUCUGGGAACGGUGUAUCUGCUGGUGCAGCUGGUGUGAAGGCGAGGCUUGGAACGCCAUACCCGUUAGAAGGCGCCGCGUUAUCAAACUGGACGUCAACGUUGAUGGUUCUGCACGAGUAUGUGGUGCAGAAUGAGUGGUUGCGGAGAGAAUGGAGGGCGGUUGGUGGUGGGGAGAAUGGGGAAGAGAACGAGGGGGAGCAGAGAGAAGAGGCGAAUGCGAUGGACACUACAGGAGGAAAGAAGGGCCAGAGGAGUGGAAAAGGAAAAGAAGAUGGGGAGGACGAGCAGGAAGGUGAGGGGAGUGACAAGAAAAAUGAUGAAUAUGGCGGGAGUGACUUGAACUUCUUGUUGCCAGUAGAGGAGCUGCUUAUAUCGUGGCAUGAUAUGGGUAAGCCGGUUACUGCCUGGUUGCUCUGCGUGGGUGCAGCAGCAGCGGAGAAAGAGCAACUGAGUGAGGCCAAUGCUCUUGCAGCAGCAGCAGCUAGGGUAACGAACGACAGAGAGAAUACACCACCUGGUCUGGAAGUUGCCUCUGGCAGAGAAGAGAGUGGGGGGCAGCGAGGGGGCUCUAGGGGAAAGCCAGUGGCGGAAUGUGUGGGGCAGCAGGGGGAGAAGGAAGGCUUGGGGAAUGGAAACAAGAGGGUGUCAGCAGAGGUGGUUUUUGGUCUGUAUGAGCGGCUGGCUGGGCUGUGCUGGGGGCGAGAUGAGGAGGGGAGCAAUGAGGAGGAGGAUGCGAAGGAUGAGGGAAGGGAUGAGGGGAGGGAUGAGGGGAGGGAUGAAGGAAGAGAUGAUGGAAGCGGCAUGGAGAAAGAUGGAGGUGGAGAUGGGGGGGAUGGGCGUAAGGGCGGAUUGGUGGGCAAGGGAAAGAAAGGAGGCAUUGAUGCAGGCAGGCAGGCUUUGUCAGCAGGAGCAGCAGCAGCAGGAGAAGAAGGAGCAGCUCCAGAGACCAAAGCAGAGAGAGAGACAGGAGCGGACAAAGUGACAGCAAGGAAGAGUGAAGCAUUUGCAAUUGGGAGGAGUAAGGAGGUGAGGGAAUGUAACCAGCAACAGGAGCUCCUGGAAAAGCAGAGGAAGCAGCAGCAGCAGGCGUUCAUGUUGGUGGUCGGGGACAGUUGGUCCUGGGACGGGCAGGAGCAGCAGUGGUUGUGGCAGUUGGCAGCUGCUGAGGCUGUUGGUUGGAGCAACACAAGUGAAGGGGUUGUGGGAGAGGAAUCGGAGGACUUUGUGGAUUCAGAGCAGCAGCAGCAGAAGGAGGCACAGCAGCAGGAGGAAGAGGUUCCCCUUCCGUUGCUUCUUCUACAAGCUAGUUCUGCUGCUGCUGCUGCUGCUGCUGCUCCCAGCAGCAAUCCUUCUGCUGAUACCAGCGACGUUCCCACCAGCAAGUCUGCUUCCUCUCCUACCAACCGCAGCACAUGGGAAGGGCCAAGCUGUGAGGCACUCUCAGGUCUGGAGAUGCUGCUGCUGCAAGCAACCCCAUCCGACCCCCUCCUCUCUACACUCCUCUCCCUUCCUGCUGACCGCUUCGGCAGAUUGCCUUGCUCUGUGCUUCGGGCAUGGGCUUUGAAGGACCCGCAUGGUUUGUGCUCUGUUUUGAGAGUUUAUGGAAUGGAAAAGGGAGCCGAGGAGCAGCAGAAAAAUGUUUCGGAAGGGGGGAAGCUCAUUCUUAGCAGUGGAAACGGAGGAACCUCGCCGAGGGGUAGUUUGUUGAGCUUGCUAACAGCUCUUGACAUAUUAGAGCAGCAGACUGACUGUAGGGGGGGAAAGGGGAAAGGGGCUUACAGGGAGCUCUCUAAGUGCAUCACUGAGCUGCUGUCAAGCUGA